AAUCCUAGUUGGGUGAUUCUCAUGACCUUAGGGGUCAAAACACAUGUUGUGCAAGGAAACUCUAUGUCACCGACAUCCUCUGACAAACAAUCGAUAACAAUGGUGAUCAAUCUCUGGUUUUAAAACGGAAUAUCUUCCUGAUCGGGUCUGCUAUCAGCUCUUGGAAUCUGCAUAUGUCACCACCCAGGUGUGUGUGUGUGUGUGUGUGUCCAAGCAGAUGAAUGGACAGAAACCUCUUGCACCUCUUUAAAAGGAGCUAGCAUCUCGGAGAAGAAGCACAGCUCUGCACAACUUCGAAUGACUUUGGGGUACAACAGAAUUUCUAGACUUGUAAAAAUUUUUUUAGAAAAGUAUUGUUUUUUGAAUCAUGUCUGACUUUACAGGAAGAUCAACAACUAUAAGUUCUCAGGUUCUAUCCACCUUGUUCGAUCGUAAGUAAAUACAAUUCUUAAAUUCUCUUUCUCUAACCAUAUACUGUAUAGUUAUACAAAUAUAUAUAUAUACAGAAAUGCAUCAUGCUUAAUAAUGAUUUUCUUAUUAUUAGGCGCAGUUUCAGAAGAUCCUAACAUCAUCUUAGAAUCGGAAUUUAUAAGCGAUCUUGCAAAUACUCAGGAGACACACCAGGACCCUAUAGGACUAAACAAUACAAACGAUGUCCAGGACAGCCAUAGAAAGAGUCACUUGUCAUUGAAUAAAAAAAGAAAUGACUCUGAAGCUAUCAGAUCAUCACACCUUGUGAAUGCAGCUCCGACACCAUCCGGUUCUGUUCAGACAGGAGUACAGAGCGUAACCCAUGAUGAACACGAUGUAAUUGUCAUUUCAUCUGAAUCAGAAGACGAACCUGUGGCAGACUUGCCUUCAGGGCAGAGAUUUGAUUUCAAUCCCGUGACGCCUCCUCCUACACCGCCGCAGGCCGCCGGAGCAAGGCCAGAACCCGGACCGCUACCUGAACCGUUACCCGAACCGUUACCUGAACUCGAACCUGAACCGCUACCUACCGAGAGGCCUACUAAUUCUCUCCGCCUAUGGGGAUAA